AAGUAGCGUAGAGGAAACGCAGCGGGGAGCGUUUUGUCCUCCAGCGCUUAUUGGUAGUGGCAGAGCGAGAUAGAAAAAAGCCCGUGAUAUAACAAAAACCCUAGGAACAUAAAAAGAAAUGUCUGCAUCCGCCGGUGGUGGUGGUGGUGCUGGCCAGGAGGAAGACAAAAAGCCCGGAGGAGAUCAGUCCGCUCACAUUAACCUCAAAGUCAAAGGCCAGGAUGGCAAUGAGGUGUUCUUCAGGAUCAAGCGAAGCACCCAGCUGCGGAAACUAAUGACUGCAUACUGUGAUAGACAGUCAGUUGAGUUUAACUCGAUUGCAUUUUUAUUUGAUGGGCGCAGACUCCGUGGAGAACAGACUCCAGAUGAGCUUGACAUGGAAGAUGGCGAUGAAAUUGAUGCGAUGCUGCACCAAACCGGAGGGGGGCAUGCAUCCCUUGAUUGAAUGGGGGGCAACAUGGAUAGAAUAUAAAAAUCGAGGCAGAGUCGGACCCAUUAUCUGGCUUCUUCUAUGGAAAGACUAAUGUAAAUGAAACGAAACUGAUGCAUACUUGGAGGAUUUCUUAUUUGAGGUUUCUCCUAUUAAUUAUAUUUUCAGUAUGGUUUUAAUACGUGGAUAUUUUCUACUCCUAUUUCAUUGGCUGCCUGGUUUAGUUUCAGCUCUUCUUAUUUCUGCUUAAAGUGAUGGUAAUUGAUUCCUUAUUGAUGGCUUCCUGUGACUUUUUGAUCUGUUAUUGCGGUUGACUCCUAUUCUGCACCAGAUUUUAAGGGCCUAGUGCUUGUUCUUGGAUCAAUUUUUACUGUACAUGGUAAUCGUUCAUCAAGCAAUUGGGAUGGAAUGGUUCUCCUUUUUUUUU